UGGCCGGUCGUAUUUGCGGGGCAAGUAUACGUUAUCGCGAAAAUGUCCUACACCCAAGUCAUCAACAUACAGUGCAACCGACUGGAAAAUUGUAUAAGUACAGCCAGAAUGACCUCGUUUUCAACCAGGAAGUUGCACUAAAAAUAAUCGAUCAUGAUUCGUCAAAUCCCAAUACACAAAUGAUGUUCCGGUUAGUGUGAAGGAAUGGUGAAGUUUCUACGUCAGUGAGAUAUUAAAUGAAAGCGUGAACCUACAUGGAGGGAAAUCUCAGACGAGGAAGGCCAACGCUCUGUAUCAGUGAAGCGUUUGGUUUCUUAAAUGAUCCUGAGUAUGGUGAUAAAAGUGGAAAAGAUGUCAACAACUUGGACAAGCAUUUAAAAAAGUCUGUCAGUGAUACAGGACUACUAAGGGGAGAUAAUACUAACGAGUUCCACCACCAAACACCCCUCUUAGAGAACAACACCUACACCAUCCUGACAUUUGUACAAGCUGAUCAGUCAAAUGCAAAAUCUACUGUCACACAGACUUUGGAUGAUGAGGUUACCCCGUCAGCUGAAUCUCAGUCCGAUAAAGAAUCAAGCAAAUAUACUAUAGUUACUUGUGUUGAUCACUCUGGAGCUAAACACGUGGUAGGAGAGGUAGGAGAGGUAGGAGGAGAAGAGAACAGUAUGCCUGGAAUUCUGACUGACCGUGGUUAUCUCCCUUCUCCAGAAACCAAAUGUACAGUCAAUCAAAAUGAGAGUGAUCUAACUCUAAAUGACACUGACCAUCAAUCAAGGGAGAAAAUCACUCCUCAGCAAAGGGAGACAACCCAUUCCCAAACAGGGGAAUUUAUCAAUCCUCAGACAGGGGAGUCCAUCAACUUUCAGGAACAAGAAACAAUCAAUCCUCAUAAUGGGGAACAGAUUCCAAUGCAAUGUGCUUCAGACAAUAGUGGAAAGAUCACCGGUGAUCAAAGUGUUCAAAAUAGUCACAGAACAAAUCAAAAUGGGGGCAUCUUAGAAAACGGUUCACAAAGUGGUAAUCAUUCACAGUCCACUGCUCAUGUAUCCCAACAUUCACAAGCAAAUCCAUUAAUACAGAAUGGACUUUCUAAAAGUGUUAUAAACAUCAGUCAUAGCCCUAAAUCAGGAGAUAACAAUCUGGUAACUAAACGUGAUGUAGACAAUAAAACCAGCAGUAGGGAUGAGGCUACUGCUGGUCAAACGCGGUCAAACACAGACCUGGUCACCGAGACCACCGACAAUAAGGUCAGUGAGGAAGAUGAGACGGUUGUGCUACGACCUCCGUCAAUCACUGGUCCCGCAACGCCAUCCCGACGGACACAACAGAUUGUCAGUGAUGUUUUUCAUUUUUUAAAGGAUAUUGAUUAUGAUGAUGAAGAUGACCUUGGGGAUCUCGGCACAGAAUCUGAACUGAAUUCUAAUGAUACAACAGGGUCAAAAGUGUUUUCAGAGCCAAAACCCUCAAAUGAAGCGGUCAGCAGCCUACUGCGUAAAAACUCUCUUGGCAUGUUGCCCCCAGCUCCAGCUCCUAAGCCAAAGCGCACAAGUUCUAGUGCUCAAAAUGAAUCAAUGUGUUCAAAUCAAAGUGUUCCAGUUGAACCGGUAAGCCGCUCCAGGAGGGAAGGUCACAGGAGCCCACCUUCAGUAGCCCCUAAACCAAGGCGUUCUACAGCCAGCCAAGUCCUCAACUCACCUACUAAUCAGAUUCAGGAAGGUCUCGCCGAUGGGGAGGAUAUGCUGAACCCUACUCCUGCAGAAAACAAAAGUUUAAUUGCUGAAGACCAGGCCGCAUGCUCAAAUUCAGACCUUCCAAAUCCAACGCUUAAUUCCAGUAUGGAGAUAAAGAGCUCCAAUCCAUUGACGACUAAUGACAAUGUAUCACUGACUUCUAACUCUACAUCUGGAAAUGACUCUGUGAACUCCGACCCUACUGUGAACUCUGACCCCACUGUGAACUCUGGCAACAACGUUGUUGAUAGUGGCUGGGACUUCAGUAGCAUGGUUGAAACAGAACCUGUGGAUUCUCACCCUUCUCAGGAGGAGGGCCAAUCAAGUCCUGUGAAGGUGCGACCAAGUCUUAGUCGUAGUGAGGCGAUAGACGAUACACAGGAGACCAUAGGAAACGCUAGACCAGUGGAAGAACAGGAGCAAACUCUGACGCUCAGACGCAAAAAAAGUAGAACAAGGUCGACUACAAAUGAUGAGGAGAGUGCAGACUCAUCAGACGAUGACACAGGGAUCUACAAUGAGAGUUAUCGUAAAUCAUGCUGGAUACAGAUUGCUGAGGGAGACGCUUCUUCACGAUCAAGCUCCCCAGCCCCACCCACAUUACAGACCGUGGAUGAAGCUAAUAUUGGUUCUGAACCUCCGGAUGAGACUGGCCCCGCCCCAGAGGACGAGGCAGAUCCUGUAACCCAGUCACAAAGCAAUGCUCAACCCAUUCAUCAGGACAGUAAAGAUGAAGUGUUUGUGGAGGGCAUGUCUUACAAGGAAGGUCGGUUCCACAAGCGGUCAGACUCCACAACCACCACUCGGUCAGAGAGCGAGUUUAAACGGGAGUACCAGUUCCGAAGAAAAUGUUUUGUGCAACGCAGUGACAGUCAACAGGAGUAUCAUAGAUUGUCUGCUAAAUUCUAUGACCAUGAGAACCAUCUGGUGAUAAAUAGGACGGCGGCGACCCCUGACCUCGGACUCCACAUCCUGGAUAGUCACCCUGCUGUCAUUACCUCCGUUGAUCCGGGGAGUCCAGCAGAGAAGGCCGGGGUCAAAAAAGGUCAAAUUAUCCUCAGUGUCAACCAGGUGAACGUGUUACAGGCAACUCAUGAUGAGAUUGUCUCCCUUAUUCAGGAGAGUUCACUCCAAGUGUCACUAGAAGUGGCCUCUAGUGAUGUGGGCUUGGUACGAGAUCUUCAGUCUCCAAAGGUAUCCGGUUUCAUGCACAAACUUAGCAAUUCAUCAUUUGUACGAAACUGGAAGAAGAGAUACUUCCUGCUCAGGAAAGAUAACUGUCUGUAUUACUACAAGAAUGAUCAGGACUGUACUGACCCACUAGGGGCCCUACCACUGCUCAACUACACCGUGUCAAAACACACAGACACAAGCAAGGCACAUUGCUUCAAGGCUGAGAAAUAUGGCGCCAAGACCUACUAUUUCUAUGUGGACACUCGUGAGGAAAUGGCCAGAUGGGUGUGUGCAAUGAAUGAAGCAGCCAUGGCCUCUAAGAAAAGGAAGGACUCCUGGAUGGAUAUAACGAGUCACAAUGUUGGGUUACCUGCCCUUGAGGUCAGGCGUGCAGAGUGUACUGGAUACUUGCGUAAGAGUAACAAAGCCAUGAAGAACUGGAACAAACGAUACUGUGUCCUCAAGGAUGCCUGUCUGUAUUACUACAAGACCAUGAACUCUCAGAACGCUCAAGGUAUGGCCCAUCUCCAUGGAUACCGAGUGGAUACGACAGGGAUACCUGUAAAGGCAUUUAGCUUCGUUCUCCAGCCUCCAGAAACACAGAUGAGAACAUUCUACUUUGUGGCCGAGAACGAGACGGACAAACUUAGAUGGGUGGAAGCGCUGAGGAAGUCAAUAGAACGGUGGAUCCAGAUGGAUUAACAUUGGGGCAUUGAUCCAGUCGGAAUUAUCAUCAGCAGAUACAGUCAGGUGGAUUAACUUUUGGGGAUUACCAGAUUCCAGGUGGAUUAACAUUGGGGCAUUGAUCCAGUCGGAAUUAUCAUCAGCAGAUACAGUCAGGUGGAUUAACUUUUGGGGAUUACCAGAUUCCAGGUGGAUUAACAUUGGGGCAUUGAUCCAGUCGGAAUUAUCAUCAGCAGAUACAGUCAGGUGGAUUAACUUUUGGGGAUUACCAGAUUCCAGGUGGAUUAACAUUGGGGCAUUGAUCCAGUCGGAAUUAUCAUCAGCAGAUACAGUCUGGUGGAUUAACUUUUGGGGAUUACCAGAUUCCAGGUGGAUUAGCCUGAGGAGAUAACAAGGCUCCAGGUGGAUUGACAAUAGAGGAUCGAUAUGGUCACAAGCACUUAAUCUUAAAUAAGAAAUGUUUUCUAGCUGGUGAGGUGAUUGUUCUACAAAACCUGAAUCUAUUUACUGAUAGCACUUACUCUUAUUACAGGACUUAUUUUCACUAUAGUAUAAUCACUAUAACAUGAAUCUUAAUUCACUUGAGAUGUAACACAGCAUUUGAUUGGUCAAUCAAAAUUACUUGCGACUGCAUAACCCUGAUACACAAUCAGCAAAUUUCUCUCAUAGCAAGCCAAAAUGGGGGAUGUUCAUGACUUGACUGACCCUUAAUGAUGUCAUAAACCAUAAUGUGAUCUCACUGUGAUGUUAUUGAUGUCACAGUCUACAGCGUAGUUACCCAAACUUCUCAAGUUACCCAAACU